AUGGAGGUGGCUGCCAGCGUGGUCGGCUUACUCUCCUUCACUAGCCAGAUCCUCAGUGGACUGGUGAAAUUGAGCGAAUUCAUCCAAGAACAUAAAGAAUCAGAUAGUCGAACAAGAAGUGCGAUUAGAGAGACGGAACAUCUGAUAUCGACGAUCACGGAGCUGAAGAGUCUUCUCCAGAGUUUGAGAGACAGCAGUUUUGCCGGGAAUAGCUGGAUGUUGGACUCACAGACUGCUACUCUUCAGACUCAUCUAGAGAACUGUGGCAAGGAUCUUGACGAAUGGGUAGCCAACCAAAGCUCGAAUGGAGGAUCUUCCAAACGACAGAGACUCGGCGCUAUUAUGAGCAAUGGGCGAAUCCGGGCAGUCCGAGACUUGGAGUUGAAGCUUGCGUCCCAUAGAGCUCAAAUAAACCUGGGCAUCGGGGCUUUGAACGUAUCAGUAUCCCAUCUCGGACUAGAGAAACUGGACCGAAUUCAGCUCGAUGUUCAAGGGCUGACGGAGUGCAACUUAAGAUUCAACGCCGAAACCGAGGAGCGUGCAAGUAAUGCCAUCGCGGAGUCAACCAACCGACACCAUGCCUUAAUUGGACAUAUCUCAAUGACUUCAGAAGACCAGAAGAGACAUACUGCCAUGAUGCAAGAAGAGACGCUCAAUCAGAUAUCGCGCAUGAGCGACAACAUUUCCAGCAUCGCCAGUGUUGCCAGUUCUCUCCAGCAACUGAUCAGAUCAUCAUCGCUGCAGAGGAGCACCAGCGGGUCUGAAUAUUCCGCAAACCAGCUUACCUCGGAUCUCCCAAAAUCUCUCAGUGGGAAAAGAAAACGGCGAUUCUCACAAAUGGAAGAGGAGACGAGACCAUGCUUCAGGUUGCCUGAGACGUUAGUCAAGGGGACGUGGUCAUGUGGAGCGCUAGUCGGAAUCGACCAAGCCUUUGAGAGAGUUUAUAAGCAAAUAUCGGUCCGCUGCCUAUUUUGCGACAAGCCGUUCCACAAAAAUGAUUUUCUUGCGCGGGCAAGACAUCUCAUCGGCAGUCACAAAUUCUCGGCAUGUGAUCAAAGCAUUGUGUACACUACUCCUGAGGCUUUGAAGGAUCAUCUGGAAUCCGAUCACUCAGCUUCGAGAGAAACGUUGAAUGCCGGAAACUUUAAUCUCACUUUGUUCUGUGAGAACACACGAAUUCCCACGGAUAACCGACACAUGAUGCUGGAUGGAAUGCCGCAGAGCGUAGACAUUCCAACGACACAUGUCCUUUUGAAUUCGCAGCUCUCAUCUCUUCUGUCCAGAACACCUUACGUUGAAGAUGAUAGCUCAAAAUCCGGAAAUUGUUCAGUCAGCUCGAAGGCGAUGAACCGAGCUAUGGAAGCACUGGCGAAAGAUGUGUUUUCACUUCAUGUAUCUUCGCCAGAGUUGCCGGGGAUCUUGUAUCAAGCCGCAAAUCUCGAGCAGGAGCUGAUCAUCCAGUCUAACCGCCCCUUUCAAAAAAGAUGGGCUCCGAUACCAGAUUGCUUGAUGAGGGCGUCUUCUCCAAGCCAGCUUCACGCGAUGCUCGACCGAGACACAAAGGAAGUUCUGAGAUCAUCGCUUCAUCACCUACUUUGGCCAACUAACCCUGGCUUUGCCAUGUUCCGACGGUCUCAGAUUUGUACUGAAUGCGUGAGGGAGAAAAAAAACAACCGUAGUGACUGCGGUACCAACGUGUCGAUUCUAUGCAGGAGACACCACGAAGAGGUACUGGGGAGUGUCUAUCCUCGAAGCACUUGGAAGUGGUUUUCACUAGACCACACGCUCAAGGUCUCUGCUCUCUUCGUCAAAUUCAAAAAAUGGACGACUCCUAGAGAGCGUAUAGACUUGUGGAUGCUUGAUGUUCUACAUAAGUCAGAUCAUCUGGUAGCCAUGUUGCGGUGUGGAGCCUUUUCAGGCAGCUUGGCAGGUUCAUCGGCAUUCCUGGAUGGGGAGCCGAACAAGAGUUUGACAAAGAACGAUCCGAACUUCUGGGGCAAUCAGUGGACGCAUGACUUGCUGGCUGCGUUCGAUAGAAACAUACGCCCGUUCCAUUUCGGCCCAGUAGGGGAGCAGUCAGAAGGCGCGGUUGACAGUCGCGAAGGGAACAACGAGUUCUGUGUUCCUUUCCGACUGAAGCUUAGUGGACCACUUCACAGCAGCAUGCAAGUUUCAUAA